AUGUCUUCAAAAGCAAUGUGGGAGGUCGACCCGGAGACGCGGUCCAAGCUCCAAACCAUCCAGAAAGAAUCCAACAACGACAUCUGCUGCGACUGCGGCGCUCCCUCGCCACAGUGGGCGUCACCCAAGUUCGGCGUCUUCAUCUGCCUCGUCUGCGCCGGCGUCCAUCGCGGCCUCGGCGUCCACAUCUCCUUUGUCCGCUCCAUCUCCAUGGACGCCUUCAAGGCCAGCGAGAUUGAGCGCAUGCGCCUCGGCGGCAACGCGACCUGGCACGCCUUCUUCGAGGGCCACGCCGACACGACCAUGCGCGGCAUCACCUGGGACGACGCCACGAUAGCCGAGCGCUACGGCGGCGACGUGGGCGAGGAGUACAAGGAGCGGCUGAGCGCCAAGGUGGAGGGCCGCGAGUACGUGCCAAGCGAGAAGAAGCCCAAGCCGGCACCCGUUGCGGCAGCAGCGGCCACCUCGCGGUCGACGCCCCUCGGCGGCAGCCGUACGGCCAGCCCUCUCAGCGGCUCAGCAUCCGGCGGCGCAGGCGGCGGCAGCGGCGGCAGCGGCGGCAAGAUCAAGGUCGACGAGAAGUACUUUGCGCGGCUGGGCGCCGAGAACGCCGCGCGGCCCGACAACCUGCCGCCGAGCCAGGGCGGGAAGUACACCGGCUUCGGCAGCUCGCCGCCGCCGUCUCAAAGCAACACAAACGGCGGCAGCCUGCCCGGCUUUGAUGAUCUGCAGCGCGACCCCGUGGCGGCCCUGACCAAGGGCUUCGGUUGGUUCACGAGCACCGUGAGCAAGACGGCCAAGACGGUGAACAACGACUACAUCCAGCCGACGGCGAAGCAAAUUGCCGAGUCGGACCUGGCGGCGCAGGCUCGUGUAGUCAGCGGGAACGUGGCCCGUUCGGCACAGCAAGGCGCGCGGUCGGCACAGGAGGGCUUCAACCGGUUUGUGGAGGGUGGCGGGGCCGGCAGCAGCGGCGGCCAGUACCGGCCGGUGAACACGGGCAUGGAUGAGAGUAAGCGGGCGUUCUGGGACGACUUUUCGUCGAUUGCCGACAAGCCGGCGGCUUCGGUGGCCCCACGCAAGACGACGGUCGGCACGAUGGCCAUGGGCAAGGGAAGCAGCAGCAGUGGCCCUGCUGAUUCUGGCGCAGGCAAGAAGGAUGAGUGGGAAGACUGGUGA